AUGGCGACUGUGCAUGUUGCCAAGCGCAGAUGCACGCAGAGCUCGCGCAAAAAGCUAUUGCAAGCGACCAAGGAGGUAUGCCAGAAGAGGCUCUCGGAACUUACAGACGAUGAGCUCGGCGGAUACCUGCAAACCUUGGGCUGGCCUAAGACAUUGGCGCCCGCAGUGGAGGCGUAUGAGGCGCAGGGAAGCUUUAUAAUAUGGCUUCUGAAUCGCAUGCUCACGCAGCUGAAGAAGUGGAUGACGCUGCAGGCGAGCGGAAAGUUAGGCACUGGCAACAAUGCGGAGCAGUCCGAUGGAGCAUAUGGUGACGCAGGUGAAGGGGGUAGUGCGAAAAUCGGCAUACCUUCAAUUUUUAGGCCCAUGGAGACGAAACUCGUGGCGUACCUGGUCUCCCACACCAGCAACAUAAACGCGCUAUACGCCCAUUCGCAUGUGCUUCUCAAAAUGGCGAUGUUUCACAAUACGUGGGGACAAGUGCCUAUGGAUGAGCUGGCGUUGCGCGAUUUUGAGAAUCCAUACCUGAAAUUGAUCGAGGCGCCAAAUGCCGAGGAGGCACUAGCAAGAUACAAGGAGGCGCUGGAGGCGGUCAACGACCUACUGCGCGCUACAUACUACCAUAUUCCUCCCCAAGAUGACGUUGCCAGGACAAACAACAGGAUACAUAUGUCGAGCAAUCUAAACGACGUGGCCGACCGGAUACUGGACGAUGUGAACAUGUUUGUGCGCUGGAAUCACGCUUUCCAGAGCUUCAAACCAGCAACUGCGAACAAAAAAGUUGUGAAGCUCGUUGCGCAGAUCACAUGUGCUCUGGCAGAGCACCUUGGGAUUCUCUCUGAAAUCAUGCGCGAGCUAAUGGAGGCGAGCUCAAAUGCCAAACAUGCCUACCACUGCGCGGCACAGACGUUGAUGGCUCACGUACUGCUCGUAUGUGCCGAAAUGGAUGAUUUCAAGAUACAGGCAAAGCUACUCUUCAGAAGGACGGCCAAUGCUGCCAAGGACUCCACUGGCGAUAAAUUCGACCAGCGCAUCAACACCGCCAGGCGCAGACUAACACGCAUGCUGACGUUUACCUUGACAAGCAAGUUCAUACCGGGGCUCAAGGAAAUGUUGAAAUCUAAGGAAUACGAAGACCUCUUUGACAUGGAACAACUCGGGAACAUGGACCUGGAGGACUCCGCAGUAACAUACAACCGGCGCUUCCUGCUCAACAUUGUCUCCACGAUCCACCGUGCGGAGGGUCAAGAGGAGGCACUUCAGCAGGCUAGGGGACUGUGUAUCGUGCUUGUAGAGUUGCUUAGUAUCGCAAUUGAGGGAAUUUCGUCACAAACGCCGGAGGCUCAGGACCCCACCUAUUACGGAGUGAUGAUGUUCGCCGUCAUACUCCCCCUUAUCAUGAGACUGGUGGAAGCUGUAGUGGGGAAAGUGGAAAAGCAGCCGGAAUCGUAUGUCCCAUAUGCGGCCGUGGUGGACGUCGCACGAGCAUUCUACGAGGCCCUCAACCUUGCUAAUAACAAACAGAUCCUGGUGUACUCGGGGGAGCGUGCCGAGUUAGUCGCCAAAAUCAACUCGCAGGCCACCGUAUUCGUGCUUAAAACGCUAGAGUCGUGCUACGGGAGUAUCGAAAACAAUCGCAAGCGGAAGGCGCUGAUGGAUAGUGUGCAGAGCGACGAAAAUGUCAUGAAGUUGCUCAUCAAGAAGGCUCACGCUGAGCAACACGAGAAUGCCAAUGCAACAGCAGUUGCGCAAAUCAUGCCGAUCAUGUGGGAUGCGCUUCUGCUGCUUGUGUCGCUUAGCCUGGAGCAUGCUGAUGAAAACAUACGGCAGAUUCUGAAACUACUCAACCAGGACUACGCCUUCCAUAACAGCUCCUACGAGGAACACGCUUUCAAGAUACUUAUUAAGCCGCAAUUAUCGUUAAGCAAUGUCGACAGUCACCGGAAGAGCCAUGUGUUCGCCGCCAACCUUAUUUCGAUGUACUCCCACGCGAACGACAUGGCGGCACUGCUGGAUCACAUGGGGGAGUUCGUUGAGCAAAUAGAACAACCGGGUGCGGCGUGCCCUUUUAUGCUGCACCCGCCGGCAAUGCAGGCCUUCAACAACAGCAGCAAGGAGUCGUCCAGCUUGCAGAUUCCCAUCAUCAUAAAGCAAUUUGCAGAGUGGCUCAAAAAAGACCGCGUGCGACAUUUCAUGCAAUAUCCGCUCAUGGCAUACCUAAGGGGGAUAGAACUGUCUGCAACGCUGGUGAUGCGAACGGCGGACGCCUUUGAAGAGCUCAUCCGAAUCGCGCCAGUUAAGCAUGACCCAGAGGGGGUACUCAUGGCCGUCCAGUUCAUCAUUAUCAUACGGAAAAUCGUAUCGUGGUCAACAAUGGACGACUCAACCAACAGGUGGGAUACAUACCUCAACAAUAUCUACGUGUAUGUUGGACAACUUGCGGAGGCGGCUGGCAAGAACUGCUCGAUUGCCAUAUGGACGGCAAUGUUCUGGUUCGCGUACCACUUCACCCUCAUCAUACGCGAUCAACCACACGUAUACGGGCAUAUGCAACACGGAAUUAACCGCGUGAUUCGCAGGCUGCGCAAAAUAGCGCGGGCAAACUCCGAUGAUCAGUCGUUUGUGGAGGAUGCUAAUGCACUCAUUGUGGCCAAUGCAAACGUAUUCGACAAUGAAGACGAGUAUAAUGCCCUAAUAAAGACAGUUUGCAACGCAUUGAUGUGCUUCAAGAAAGAUGCUCGAGUAUUGGAUAACCUCAAGGGGACCUUGGACGUACUAGCAACAGGUCAAAAGUUGAUCAACGAAAUUGCAGACAUCAACUUCCUCACCAACUUGGUAGAGAUUUUGACUGGCGCUGACAGCGGUGUGGAUCUAAAGAUUGGAGCUGCCAGGAUGUUGAUGCAGGUGCUGCAGUAUUCCCCGCCACUUUUCCAGCAUGAGGCUUUCGAGCAACUAUUUUAUGCUCUACCCGUGGCAGCGCAGCAGGCUGUUGUUAGUGCUGGGGUGCGUCAGGAAGACGUUAUGGAGUUUGUUAAGGAGCUAUUGGCCACUGUCAACUUCAUACUGAGGCGUGAAGAGCAGCUAGGAGGGCGAAGGUGCUCCAUACUCACGUUGAGCGAUUAUCUCAGCAUAUUAGACACCUCGGCAGGAAACAGUGAGCUUACAGAUUGUGGAGUGAGACAUUCAAAAGGGGUUAUGCACGCUCUGUGCUCGGUGAAACAGGCUUUGAACCUCAAUACUUCCGUUCAGUUAAGACUGUCCCUUGCAAUAUUGCAGCAAAUCGCAUCUGUUCAUACUUUCAUCAUGGCAAAAAUAGCCGAUGAGGGGUUCAUGGACAUCGUGGGUUUGAAGACGGGUGGUUGCGACGUGCAGACACUAAUCGAAAGGGUAUUAAACGUAGUUGUCCCCGCAAUGAUGGGGGCCAGUGAAAAGCGGGAACCGGAUGCUGCGAAUGACGCAACCACUGUAUCACGUGAAGAUGUCCGCAGCGACGAGUUGGUGGAUUCGGUAUUGCUCGCGUAUAUAAAUAAGACCUGGCGAUCUGAAAAGGGGGCAAUUGGUAAUGCUAAAAUCACACGGAUACAAUACCACAGGCAAUUAAGUGACAUUUUGCACGAUGUGGGUAACGCACUGGAGGCGGAUAGUUCAACAAAUGAAGUUCAUAUAUUGUACUUAGCAAGCGUGCUCUACAGUGUGGCCUCAAGCGCUCAGGAUAACGAGCACGGAGCUGCGCUGGAACAGGUAGCCAACAUUCGGAACAAGGCGAAGUCAAUACACCAUAUCGCACCUGAUGUGAUAGAGGCCAUGUACGAGGCGGUGCUAGAAGUACUGUAUCGUUGCGUCCCUACAACAACCGAGACGCAGAUUCAUUCGCAUGCAGUUCACGCACUCACCCUCACAGCGUAUAUGCAGCACGCUAUAUGCUUCAAGCGGCAACGGGCACUAGGAUUCGGGGGUACACAACUGGAAAUAUACAAGGCGCUAUCUGGUUGCCAAGUGGAUAAGGUAGCUGAAAUCGUGCAGGCUAUCCACGAUCACGCCGAUCCCAAGCAGUUGUGGAUAGCAUUCACCAAGCAACUGGAGAGGGUUACUCAAGAGGCGGAUGAGCAGCCUGCGCCAUAUGACUGGCGUUACAGAGCAGCGAUGCUGGAGGUCAUGGUCAUGUUCGCGGACAAGAGCCACCUAAAGGCACUCUACAGCUUGAAGGGGGCAGGCAGAAAGAAAAUACUUGCCACUUGCAACGUAUUGUUGUGUUUGAAUGCCAAACAAAUCGAAAAUGUCGAUCCCAUGUUGGCAGCACAAGAAGACACAGAGACCAUGCACUGGGUGGUGCUGAACUACCUGCUCAACACUGCAGUAUCCAUCAAGUUAUUCGUAUUCACGCGUUUCCAAGUCAAUAAGCAGAUGCAGGAGACGCAGGCCACCAUUGCCCAACACCUGCUCGAACUCGCUAGGCUUGGCAUAGACUUGCUGAAGAAGUGCAAGCAACACGGAUUGUCACGCGAGUUAUUUGAACAAAUCGCAACCAACGUAUACCUGGCGCUGUACAACUGCAUCAGAAUUGCCGAGGGCAUGAGCAACGCGCAAAUCGCAAAACUCGUGAGGCCGUGGGUCAGACGCGUGCACGUGGUGACAUACAUCAUAACACGCUUCGUCGAACUGAUGGAAACGCACGACGCCGACAUGUUUGCAUACGUCGCGCGGUGGAUGAGCAUCAUCUCAAAUGAGCAGCUCGUCGACGCGACGAAGUGGUACAUACCGCACAUGGUCACAGCAAUAGUAAAGGCGUGGCACAGAGUGAGCAAGGACCUCUCAACGAACAAAACGCGGCGGGAGGACGUCCUCAGAAGCAACAAAAUACUCAGAAGCUGCAUUAUAGAAACAAUGGGUGCGUGUGACGACAACGCCGUCAAAACGCUCUUCCUGCUGUUAUCGCAGGAUCUGCGCCUGUUCGUUAAGGAAAGCACCAGAAUUUUCAACCGUAACUAA